GUCUUGUGUUCUCUGUUCUUUUCUUUAAUUUUGGGUUUGGACAGUUUGUGAUGAGGGUUUUUAAAUUUGGUACUUUUGGUUGUUUUUGUGGGUUUUUCCUGAGUGAUGAGCAGAAAAGCACUCCACUCAAUCUCCCAUGAAAUGGGAUUAUUCAGACUUGGCUCGUAUAUUUAAUAUUCUUCAUUUGAUGACAAUAUUAUGGUGUGUAGGUAAUCUUAGUUUUCGGCAGGAAAAAAUCGUGAUGGCUUCGAAGAGAAUCUUGAAGGAAUUGAAGGAUCUGCAAAAGGACCCUCCUGCCUCAUGCAGUGCUGGGCCUGUUGGUGAAGAUAUGUUCCAUUGGCAAGCUACCAUUAUGGGCCCAUCAGACAGCCCGUUUUCUGGGGGUUUGUUUCUUGCCACUAUCCAUUUUCCUCCUGAUUACCCAUUCAAACCACCAAAGGUCUCCUUCAAAACUAAGGUUUACCAUCCGAAUAUCAACAGCAAUGGUAGCAUUUGCCUGGAUAUCCUCAAAGAGCAAUGGAGCCCUGCCCUUACAAUAUCCAAGGUUUUGCUUUCUAUCUGCUCGUUGUUAACUGACCCGAACCCGGAUGACCCUUUGGUGCCUGAGAUUGCUCACACAUACAAGACUGAUAGAGCCAAGUACGAGACCACCGCGCGUGCCUGGACUCAGAAGUAUGCUAUGGGUUAGAAGAUAACGGCACUUCCUAUUCUACUGGCUACAAUAAAAAAUGACUUGGGAAAAGAAAAAUGAUUUAACUUUAAAUGCAAUCUGGAAAUUCUGGCCAGUGUAUUAUUGGUUUUGGACGGUUUACUUCAAUGAACAUUAAGUUGAUAUGUUCUUUAUCUAAUGCUGAUUUUUUUCUCUA